CGGGCCGGAAAGUUGCCAAGGGCAACCGAGAGGGGCUUGGAGUGCGUGGCUGUGUGUGUGAGCCGCGGUUACCGGGUAACGGGAACACAGAGCGGAAGGAGCGGGUCGGAGCCGCGGCUGCUGCUGGAGGAGCUGCUGGAGGGUAAAUGUGAGAAAUCCCGCCGCUUUCUCCUUCUGAUUAACACUCGGAGAGCGCAGCCCGGGCUCUGAGCAUGGCCGCGGGGUCUCUGCCUGCGCUGAGCCCGGAGGACCCGCGCCUGCAGCUCCGAGUGGAGAACAGGUGGAGGAAUAUUUUUGUGACGCAGGCGGAGGACGUCAGCCUUCAUGACAAAGAGCAGGAGGAGAAUGUCAAUCACAUUCCUGUCAUAACAGAGUCAUCCAGCAGGAUAUUGGACACGGGUGUCAACACUCUUCAGAGGACUCUAUUGCUGAAGAAGCAGCUGAAGGUUGAUGAGGUGAACACAGAGUUAAAACAGAAACAACUGGAGUUUCGAGCUCGAAUGCAGAUUCUGGAGAAGAGGAGGGCAGAACUUCUGUUAAAACAGCAAGAAACAAAAGACAGGGCCGUAAAAUUUGAGAAGUUUGUAGAAGAAAAUGAGGUGAAACGACGUCGUGCUUUGAAGAAAUAUCAAGUAGAGAGAAAACAAAAUGAGCAGAAGGAGAAAGAGAAAUCAGAACUAUGUGUACAUUUCGAUCAGCUUCAGAUCAGGCAUCAAUAUCUUAAACAAAGGGUUGAAAAAUAUAAGAUGUAUGAAGAGUAUCUGAGGAAGAUUCUAGACUUACUUCCAGAGAAUUAUCUAGAGUAUGGAUCUGACUCGUUGGCGAUGCCCAUCAUCAGACGGCAUGAGACUCUGUCCAUCACCCAGCAGACCCUGGUACAGCACCUGACUGGUUUAUCAGAGGAACUUGAACAGGGCCAGCGCAACCUUGACUCACUCAAACAGGAGCACAACACAAGCAAACUGAUGAUCAACAAGGAGAUGUCAGAACUGCAGACGCAGUGGGACCAAAUCAAAGAGAAGAAUAAACAACUGGAAAUGACCUUGCAGAUUCACCAGGGCCAGAACCGAGACCAGGCUGAGGAGAUUGGCAGUCUAAUGAUAGCAGUGAAAAAUCUUGGGCAGCAAUGCCAUCUGCAACACUAUGGAUCAUUAGAUGAUAUGAAAAUGCUGACCAUGAUGGAUAUGAUAAUGGAGUUCAUUCUGGAUAAGGCAGAUUUAGAGAGAAGAGCAAUGAGACUGACAGAUUCUGGUUCAGAGAUCACAAAGAGGAGUGCGGAGAGAAGGAGGACUGGAUCAGCCCUGAAAACAAACAACUCCAGCAAAGUCCAUCUGAAGAGUACCAGCAAGACCAGUGGAGGGAGUAAACUGCUCAGUUCAUCCAAAACAAUGCAAUAAGAGAUGUGAUGUUCAUUUGGAUUAAAUAUAGAUUGGAAGACGUUGA